AUGUCUUUAAAGAUUGACUGUGCUUGGGCAAGAGUGUUUCUUAGAGAAACUAAAAGUUUAAGCAAAACUGAAAGGAUUCCCGGUGAAGGAAAUACAAAGUUUGCUGCUAGAUUGCUGCAAGAUAGAUUUAAAAUCUUCAAUGAACAUUUUCAAGAAUACCCUGGGCUACACAUAAAACGGGAAGACUUCAUGCGGCAUUACAGAACCAUUGAUGAAAAAUUUUACAACUGGAGAAGUAAAACCGAAAAAGAAGCAUACCUAACAGCAUUUUCCUCAAUGAACUGGAAUGAGGGCAAAGUAAUUAGUAAAGAAGGGAAAAAAGAUCACUCAUUGACCAGCUGCCAGGCCUGCCUUUUAUUCAACUCUCAAUUACAAUCUACCUUCCCUAUAAGUAAGUUUUGCAGAGGUGCUAGGAAAGGACCUCUGACUGAACUUAACACAAAUGUCAAGAGACAAUGUCAGAGAGAACCUAAGGUCACAAAAAGGAAAUUAAAAAGCAUUGGGGAAGCAAUAUAUGCCACUUACAAUGAAAAAUGCCAGGAAAACUUUCAAAAAUCACUAAGUGACAUUCUAGUGCUUGUCCCUGAAGCGGAUCUUCAAAAGAAGCCUUCACCUGCUGAAAAGAAAACAAGGAAGAGAAAUGAGCGAAGGCAAACAAAAAAAGAACUAGAGACCAAAAUGUCACAAAAUGACAGUGCAGUUCACCUUAGCCUUCGUCAGUCUUACAGUUCAAGACAAAUCCAAAGAAUGGCCCUGUCCUUUGAAACCUUUGAAGAGGCCGAGGAGAGAGCAAAAACGACCCCACCAAAGGUCAGGGAACGAUCCCACACAGCUUCACUUGCUAACAUAGAAGGAAAGUUGGACCAGCUACUUGCAGAUGUAGAGUCAUGGCCUGAUGGUCCUCCAAACUGGUCAGAAAAAGCCAGAAUGUACAACAUCAAAACCAAGGGAAGUGAUUCGACACCUGGCAAUGGAGGGCAAUUAGUCAAAGCCUUUUUAAACUCAAACAAAGUAGACAUUACCCGAUUUAAGCCCCCAUCAGAAGUGCAUCUCACUUCAGAGGAUGGCCUUACAGGUUUGAUUAAUUUUCCAGGAUUCAGGGUACGCAGAGCUAUGAGGAAGCAAAAGGGGGGAGAAAUUUCUGUGCCUGUGAUGCAAUCAAAUAAACAACUCAAGCAAAGCAUCCAUGAGGGAAUAGAGAGUGGCAAAUUCAACAUAGGAGAGCCAGUGAUAGAAAGAGAGAUUACCAAAUUGGCUAUAAAUGCACAGGGAGAGAUAGAGCAGAAGAAAUGCCACUUGCAAGCGAGGAAAAUUCCCUUCCAAGACAUUAGAAAAGAAGCAUUGAUUAAAAACAAAGACCUCCUUCGAAUAAAAAAUGAUGCAUUUUAUGAAGAGCUCAGUGAAAGUGAGAUUCGUGCAGAGCUAGAAAAGAUCAGUGAGGAUAUAAGGGGAACACAUGAUGAAAUCAAACAAAGGCUGAAAAGCUUUCAGCGGAAGAGGCAUUGGCUGAUUUGGCAUGACCAUUCAACCCUUUCAAAUUAUGGUCACAUGCUCUUUUGUGUGAGAGAGAUGUAUGACCCAGCAAUUCAUUUCUCUGAUGCAGAAGCUAGAGUUCAAUAUGGAAAAGAUGUGGAUGUCCAGGUAACAGUGGAGAGGCCCUAUCUGUAUAUGCUGGGGCAGAGCAGUUCCAGUAUUGAAGAUCAGAUAAAAUUUGUUCCAGCCAGACAUGAUGAUUUAGUAAAUUUAACCCAAAAAGUGAAAACAGAGGAGGAUGUUGAAGUAGAAGAUGAGAUGAGAUUCAUGAAUGGAGACAACCCUGCAGCAAACUUUGAAUGUGGAAAUCAGCAUGGAGGGCAUUAUGGUUGCCCAGGUUGUGAUGGGCAUUUAAGCAUGUGCCAUGAUCUAGAUUACAUGGCCCAAAGAAAGUACAGAACAUUGACCGAACGGCAACAGCUGGUGUUAGCGGGAAGGAAAGGAAAAGAGGCAAAACAACUCCUGAACCCAUUUAAAGAUCUCAAGGUCAACGAGCUACGAGCUGAAAUUGAAGCAAGAGGACUUGGAGAUUCAGACAAAACGAAACCACAACUUGCAAAAAUUUUAAAUGAAGAACUUGGAGGGGCAACAAGAAUUCCAGCACUGUUGUUUGGGGAUGAGAGUGUUUCUGUGGAAAGUCUCAACCUCCAGUCCUAUGAGGUACUGUGUUUUGAAGCUCUUCACUGCUCCAUGAAUCACAUUAAAAACAUUCUGGAAGAAAUCCCACAUCACAUUUCUGACAUCGAUACACUGAUAAAACUUAAAGAAAUACUGGCUGUCCAACUUAACAAAGAGAAAAAACGAGGAGUAGAUUAUCGCAAGACACUAAUCUACUUAACUAUAGCCCUUUACCAGACAACAACCCAUGAUGUAAGAGCUUUGCUGGCCACCCUGUGCGAAAUGGUGGAAAUUUUUUAUGCCCAGGACAGAAAGAGGUCACCAAAGUUGAUAUUACGGUUGCAUAACCUGUGUUGGAGGCAUGCAAUUUUGUGCCGAAAAGUGAUGACGCCAACUAGAGCCUUAACAAGCAGAAAGCUCUUUGGCAUAUACUUCCAUGCAUGUGUAUCUCAUUCCGCCUUUCUUCUUCGUCUUGCUUCACACCGUUCAACUAAUGCAGAAAUGUUUGAGAGGUUGUUUGAGGAGCUGACUGACAUCACCAGGAAGACCUGGAACAACCGAGUUGAAAGCUUAGUGAGCAAUGCAGUUCUGCAUAUGCAAGCAGAGAAGACUUCAGGAGGAAACACAGCUGUGACCUGCAUCAUCAGGCAAGAAAAGGAAAUCAGCAACAUCAGCAAAGCCCUACCAAAGCUGGGAAACACAGUUUUACCCAAAGAUGUCAUCAACACACAUGCUAGGCACUGGGAGGCUCACCUUCAGUCUAUUGCUGACUUCCUCGUACCGGGAGAAGGAGUUUGGUGGAGAGAAAUUGAGGAUGAAGACUGUAUUGAGUUCUUUGAUGGUCCUGAGGAAAUUGAAUUCAGGGAGCAAGGACCUUCCCUUCACCACUUUCGCUCCUCCAAUAUCAGAAUGGAGAAAAUUUUCCUUCAACACUGCUGGGAAGAAUGCAUUCAAAGCAGAAUCAAAAUCCCAGCUACCAGAAUUCCCAAUGAAGAAAACCAUAAUGGAGAAGAAUGCAUGCAACAGAAUCUGCCAGUUCAAGAUCAGUCAUUUGAGAGUGAUGGUGAAUGUGAAGAAGAAGCUGAAGAUACAACUCUAUUAAUUGAUGAAGAAGAGAGUACUGAAAACCUAGAAAAUAAUCAGAUUCUGGAACCACAGCAGCUGAGUGAAACAGUGCAAAAUGAGACCGGUGAACCACUGGCUAAGAAACCAAAAUUAUCUGAAGAUUUUUUACCAUCCAGCAAAACAGCAAAAGCUCUUUCAGAGAUUCUUGGCACAACCAAAGAUGUUAUAUUAUAUGAAAAACUUAAAAAAAAUGCAACAAAAAAUUCAAGCUCAAGAUACCACAAAGAACACUUCUUAAAUCACCUGGCACAGAUUCAAGUACAAGUUCUAAAGAAAUACAAGGACAUAAAUGAAGCAAUUACUGAGUGGUCAGCCAACUUCAAGAAAGUCUUUAAAAAAAAUCCCACAGAAAAACACAUGAAAAAAGAUCCAGUUAUAGCAAAAACAUGGAGGAAAAAUAAAGUUGCCACUGAGCUACUGAAAAUAUGGAAGAUCACCAUUCACCUUCCUAAAUAAACACUUCAAAUAUUCAAUGUUUUAACGUAUAAUACAUGCUGAUAUUUUGUGAUUUGCAUAAUAUUUUUCCAAGCCCUGAAAAUAAUUAAUAUUUACAGUCCUCAACAUUAAGUCCAAAGAAAAGCUUUCUUCAGUGGGUUCCACAUGUACUGUAAGCAUGAAAAAGCACCAAAAAAAAAAAUUUA